AUAAGCACAUCUACUUCGUUUCUCACAAACCAUAGGGAACAUCAGGUGCAGAACUUGUAGGAUUUAAAGCACAGCCAGAACUAAUGGUUGCAAAUUGCAGUCUAACCUAACACUUUCUCAGCCAUAGAUUCCUCCCUUUUUAUUUUCUCCUUCAAACUUCUGCUGUUGUGUCACUGAUAAAUCACAGUCCUUCGCUCUGUAAUAGAUCCCUUUUUUAUUUAAAGUUUUGCCUUCCUACCCAUUAAAGCUUUUCUUAUCAGCACUACUUUUACUUUUCAGAAACGUAUAUUCAAUAUUCUAAGCUUGGAGUUCUUUUGUUUUCCCCCAAAGACGUAAAACCCUGGGGGAUUUAAAUAUCUACUUGAUAGGCUUGCACAACCUUAAUCAGCCUAUAAUGGAGCUAAUGGCUGUUUGUCAUCCUUGGAGAUAUAAAUUUGCUGGUGAUGUCUACUGCAGUCAGUGCAUGAAGUAUGCUCUGGCUGCCAGCAAGGUCUAAUAACCAGGAGAAGGGCAGCCAGCUUCAUUAGUGAGAGUGAGACUGAGACACAGACUGUGACUGUACCGGCUGCUUUUCUGGGGAGCUCUGCUUUUUUUGAAUACCGAGGGGGGAAAAUGGAUAAUGCUGUUGAUGGUUUGGAUAAAGCUUCAAUCGCUAACUCGGGUGGACCGGCCCCAGGAUCCCAAACUCCCCCUUUCAAGAGGAAGGGCAAACUCUCCACCAUUGGCAAAAUCUUUAAACCUUGGAAAUGGCGGAAGAAGAAGACUAGUGACAAAUUCAGAGAAACUUCAGCAGUGUUGGAAAGGAAGAUUUCGACAAGACAAAGCAGAGAGGAGCUGAUAAGAAGGGGAGUGCUGAAGGAAAUGCCAGAGCAAGAUGGUGAUGUAACAGUAAAUUUUGAAACUUCAAAUGGACACACCAUAGCCAUUGGUGAAGAAACCAUACAGGAAGAAAAUGUGCUAAAAGCCAGUGGAGAUAAUGGUAUUUCAUCAGAGAAAGCAUCGGCAUUGGAAGGGAAAAAAGAGGAUCAAAAAGAGAGCACUACUGAUCACUGCCCAGAAAUACCGGCAUCCCAUGCUCCACCACUACCCAAGCCUAAGCCUAAAUCCAAAAAAGCUCCGCUACCACCAAAAAACACUAUUGCUGCUUCCACCACCACCAGCCAUAAGAGUAACGAAGCACCUCAUGCUAAAAAAAAGGGAAAGGCUCCUGCUAAGCAGCCUCCUCUCCCACCACCCAAGCCAACAAGUCACGGUGCAAAUCGAGACACUGCUGGUUCCUCUCAUGUGAAAAAAACGCUAGUCUCCAAGUCCUCUUCAUCACCAUCUCCAUCCACAUCAUCUCAUCCCAAGGCCUCUAAGGAGACUUCCAGCAAAUCAAGCACAUCAGGGACUCCCAGGGGCAAGAAAAAAACUGGGAAACAUUCAGCCCCACGAACAGCGCCAGAUGGAGCUGCUUCUUCCCCCUCAGGUGCCACAGCCAACAGUUUGGAAGUAAAGGCAAAAAAACUUGAACCUGAGCAACCUUCCAUGCGGAUUUCAGAAACAGAGGAUGCAAACCAAGAGAGCAAGCUUGUUGUGCCCCCUCCUCCCACCUCUGCCCCUCCUCCACCUCCGCUUCCACCUCCUUUUCCUGCUGGAUCAGGUCAGCUCACUGUCUCUUCAGAUGCCCAAGAUGUGUCAGAUGGCUGUGCAGCAGGGCCAGCUGUCCCUGGAUCAGAUGCUAAGCCUCCUCUCCAAAUUGAGCAUGGCACAGACGAGAGCCAAGCCCUAGACAGUGGUCCAGAUGCUGGUGGAGGAGACACGAAGAGCUUAGCUCCCAAGGAAGACCAGGAAGGGGAGGCACCUGACCAGGCACACUCUGAACUGGUGGAGGAGGCUUCUGACACUGCUGCUCCUCCUGAGAGUGAAAGCAGCAGAGAGAGCCACAGCAGCGACUCAGACUCUGAUGGGCCAAUACUGUACACAGAUGAUGAUGAUGAUGAUGAUAAUGCAAGUGCUGAAAGCUCUUUGGCAAGUAAAAUUCGUCGAAGGGAUACUCUUGCUAUCAAACUUGGCAACAGACCAUCUAAGAAAGAAUUAGAAGACAAAAACAUCUUGCAGAGGACAUCUGAAGAGGAGAGGCAGGAAAUCAGACAUCAGAUUGGAACGAAGCUAGUGAGGAGACUUAGCCAGAGGCCUACAACUGAAGAGCUUGAGCAAAGGAAUAUCCUGAAGCAGAAAAAUGAAGAAGAGGAGCAGGAAGCCAAAAGAGAAAUAAAACGUAAACUCAGUAGAAAGCUCAGCCUGAGGCCUACAGUGGCUGAACUUCAAGCAAGAAGAAUCCUUCGAUUUAAUGAGUAUGUGGAGGUCACGGAUUCUCCGGAUUACGACCGUCGUGCUGACAAGCCUUGGGCUAGGUUAACUCCCGCAGACAAGGCAAGGGACAAACUCUUAGAUUAUAAGAAAACUCUUGCAUAUGUCACUUCUGGGGGGCUUUCCUGUGGUUUACAUCCUCUCAAUGCUGGCAUCAUGAGUGACAUGUGAUAGAAGCAGUGAGAUUGUCAUGGUACUACUGUGCAUCUAUUGCUUGCACCUAAGAAAACCCGCUCAGGUGCUUAUUAAGAGUGUAUUUGCCAACUCCAUUAUGGCAGUUCAGGCCAGUAUUUCCUGUAUUUUUAAAGCCUUGCUAAGACAGGUACACACUGUUAGCAAAGAUGAACACUACCUGUGGGAUUCAGGCAAGGUUUCGGAAGGCAGAAGCCUGUGUCACUGCCACUGAGAGUUAUUUUUGCAACUCAUUGAAGUGAAAAAAGGAAGAAGCUGCUCCAUCCUCCUAAGAGUUCUUGGCCACAACUAGAAGUAUGGGAACUCACCAUGUGCAUGCAGCAUACCUUGGGAAAUCUGCCUUCAACAUGUUGCAGUUAAUAGUUCCUCUGCCUAACUACAAAGGAUGAGACAAAUGAUUCUGUGAUUCUCUUUCAAAAACCAGAUCAGUCAAAGAGUAUCAUAAAAUACUCUUCCAUUUCCCUCCUAUACCACUUCAUAAAAGGAAAGGUCUAGGAUAUAUGUAUCAAAAAAUGCUGGAUCUUUUAGCAUUGGGUCUGAACCAGCUUUUACAGAAAUCUUAAGAGAUGUGCUUGGCAUGAGAACUGAUAAGUGCAAGAACCCACUAUCUUUUAGCUAUACACUGUGAAGCAGUGAUUUUAUUUCGGCUUGUAUUUUAGUAUUAAUGCCAGCUCGUCUGACAAUCAAAGGAGAAUCUCAUAUGAAGUCAAGGUGGAGACCUUAAAAAUGUACCCAGAAUUGUUUGUAGAUGCGGGCUCUGGGAGGUGCUGAGCACUCUCAAGUCCUUGUGAAGUCUCUGUGGGAGGUUGGAGCACUCAGGUUUACCUAGGUUUAAUCAGGGUCAACUGCACUAGAAGAAACAGUGGUGUUUCCUACCUACUUCAGGGUAAGAGCUUUUAAUCUUAAUUCAUUUUGUAAUGAGCAAGUGCCCAAGGCUGGUUCUGUGAGCUCCAUGUUUGUUGGCCUGAGCGGAAAUGUGGACCUCAGGUUGCCAGGAAAGUCCCUUGCCCUUUUUCCCAGGGAAGUCAUUUUUCUAAUUCCAGUGGGAGCAGAAAACUGUACUGUAACUAUGUUAGGGAGCUGGAGCUCUGGUGUCUUUGCUGCUCACUUGGUGCUCAGAAAUAACUGUUUCUUUCCUAGCUAUUACAGCAGUCUCAUAUAAGCAUCCUGUUGUGGCUAAACAGAACCAUCCCUUCCUCAAAAUGAAGUUUCUCAUUUAUGAGACCGCAGUCUGGUGAUGCUGUAAUUUUAUCAUGCUGCUUGCCUGUUCUGCGCUGAAAGGCAUGCACACCAGAUGAGAUUUCUUUAGGGAUUAAUGAAAUGAUACUGCUUUUCUUUAAAAUGGUGAAAGAAAAGAGUGAGUAAAGAUAAACUGUGUUUCAUUCCACAGUGAAGGUAAGAAAACUUACGGCAUAGAAACAGAAGCCCUUGUAGUAUAUAUUAGAGUAUUUGAGAAAUUAUAUUCAACUCUUGAUGAAGUAAGCUGCUUAUCACUUUGUUAACAUAAAAAACAAGGCAUUUAUAAAGUGUGCUGGAUUUCUACUUCAUUAAAAUCUGCCAACUGAAAAUGCAAGCCUGAAAUGUCCAAAUAUUUCACAUAAUUUUGCAUAAAGCUAAUCAAGACAAGUGACUAAUUUCACUUAAAGAAAUGCUGCUCAUCUUGCAUUCCUGAAGUCCUUUCUUCAGCGGGGAGAUAGGAGGCCCCUGCUGUGUGUACAGUGCCUGUGCAGGCAGUGAGACUCACCAGUGGCUGUGCCUGGAUCCCAUCUGGCUGCAUACUCAGCGGUUGGUUGUCCAGGUAAUCCAGUCCUGUGCCCACUUUUGUCUGUAGCAAGUGCCACAUUUCAGCAGGAGGUUGAUUCACCCAUUGCGGUAGACUUGGUGUUUCUUUGUUGACAUUGAGUUUAUUUAUAGUGUAUUACUGCUCCAUAUAACUGUAAUUGAAAAAAGUCAUUCAUGUUGAGGAUCAGAAACAUGCUGGUUACAGUAAGGGGGACAGGAAAAUGAGAACUGUAAGGGAACCUGCAAGACUAGGGACAGGUUCCUUUUAGAAGCUUUACUUUCCUUAAGAUUCAUAUUUCUUACGGUUGCAUGUAUCAUUAUUGCUUAUUAGGCAGCCAUACGGAAAGAACUGAAUGAAUUUAAAAGCACAGAAAUGGAAGUACAUGAGGAAAGUCGGCAAUUUACCAGGUUUCAUCGUCCAUAACUGUUUGACCACAUCCUCUGUUUCAUGCAACAAUUUUCUUUGGGGAAAUCAUUAAGUCCUGAAGACCUGAGAUUGCACUGGAAUUUGACCGAGUAUGAGUGUGUGCUACAGCUUACCCUGAGGUUAAUGAAGGAUGUGGCCCUCAUCUUUAUCAAUGGACAAAUGCUUUGUCUAGGAGGAGAACCCACAUGAAGUGUUUGUCAGUGUUAAGACAGACCAUGGUUCUGUGGCUAUCUCACACAGAUGAGUCGGUGGACUUCUUCAUCGGAGCUCCACAAGUCAGGAAGUGCUGAAGACAAUCGCUUGAGAGCCUGUCACCAGGAACUCAUUAGACUUCAUAGGGUUGUGAAUGAGGGUAACUGAGUGUGAAAAGGACUGAGAGCGUGGGAGAAGAGAGACUUCACUUGUUGGUCCACAGACAAGAGUGGAACAGAUGGGACUGCUCAACAACGCACUUGGCCAGUGGGAGAAACUAUUUUUUAAAAGAAACUGAGAGUGUGAGCAACUGUGCAUGUAUUUUUUCUAGUGGCCGCAGCCUGUCUUAGGAAGACAGCAAGCCACAAGUCCUCACGUCAGCAGUACUUUAGUGAAGAACUGUAAUCUUCUCUGGUGCCAGUAAAUGCAGUUGCCAGAAAUUAGUCCUAGUAGAACACAGCUGUCUUUUUUAAAAUCCCAAUGAGCAUGCUUCAAGAAAAUACACUGAACAUUCAUACAGAACAAGUUAUAUAUUUUGGGGGUUUUAAUGUUGACAUACUCCUGAUCCUCAGAAAUACAUAAACAGGAUUUGAAGGACAAAUAACAUGACACUAUGAAUGCAAUGAAAUGCUUCAUGUUUAGAAACACUCCUUACUGUCUGUCACUUGCUAUUCAAACCAGAGGGAUCAUCAUCUUUCUCACCCAUGGCAGGCAGUAGAGACAACUUUGACAUCAUGCUAGAGUGAAUUCAAAAUCAGGAUUUAAAUUAGGCACAAAAGUUUUUACUAGUAGGCUUGAGCAGUGAUGACUAAUGGGACUUUUUACAUUCAAGGACUCUUGCACUGCUUUGAGGAAGAACUCCCAGAUGAAUAAAUAUGUCUUCAGCCAGUGGUCCUGUAAAAGUGAAUGGAAAAUCCUUAGAGUGUCUGCAGCCUGUUUUGUUGAGUGUGAAGAAUGCUUCUUAGAGUCAUAAUUUUUUAUACUGUCUUGAAAUUGUACAUGUGAAUACAGUACUAUUAAAAUGAAGUGGUAUGAAGUGUGAAAGGCAAUACAUGGUUUCUCUAAGUUGGCCCAAAGGCCUAUUAAAAAGCCUGUGGCAUUGUUUACACUAAGAAAUUCUCUGUCUUAUAUCAGCACUUAUUUAUCCUUUGAAUUAAUGUACACAACAUUUUGGGGGGGGUCUGGAAUUCACUUAUGCAUACAUUUAAUGCAGUAUUACAAUAUAUUUCCUAUUUAUCCUUUCUAAUGUGUGUACAUAUUACAAAUUAUUUUUGUCUUUUAUGUGCCCUUUUAGUUUUUAAUUAUGAAGUGUAUGUAUUUCUUUUUCAGGCAAUAAAAGGUCUGUGUAGAUGUGAUUUUUACCUCAGAACCUGCAGUAGAUUCUUGUGGAAUGUUUUCAGUUUAUAAAGUUGAAGAUGGUUGUUUCAGAUGUCAGCUUAAAGGCAGGAAUGGAAGUUGGUGGCUAAAAUUAGAUCUCCCCCUUUACUGAUAUUACAAAACGACCAGGUUUGUAUAAAUGGGGUGGAUUGUUUUAGUAAAGAGCACUUAUAGUAACAGGAUAGUACUUUCCAAUAGCUGUCACUCUAUUAUUUUUAGAGAUUGACAAACUUUUCUUUUUUAAAAAGCUGGAUUUAUAUGACUCUUAGGAUUGCAUACAUUUGAGUAAAAAUCUGGUGAUGUUCAGACCCCAAAAUAUCAAUAACCAAAUAAAAUAAACAUAUACGUGCUUGUAGCAAAGAAAAGGAAGCACCACUUUCCCUUUUUUAAAGGAAUCAAUAAAAGCCAUUAGGAUUCCAUUUGCAGAAAACAGUUUAGUUUCUGUGGAUCCCAUAAUUUUAUAAAUAUAGAAACACCACUUUGACAUCAAGGAAGCAGUGAAAUGUAUUCUUUGGCACUAAAUCAUACAGGAAUGAUCAGGCCACUAGAGUGAAGGUUUGUCAGCAAUUCUGGUAGAAUCCUAAUUUUUAGUUUUAGGAUUUGAAGAGUAAACUUAAAAACUCAACACUAGCACAGAAUAAACAUUUCUCCUGCUUAAACUUUGUUGUUGUUGUUGCCAAAUUUAGAAAUGUGUGUCCAAAAUCCUAUAAAGGUCUAUUGUGUUGACUUUGAAGUAUAAACCACGGCAUUUCACUUCAAAGGAAACAAGUGGAGGAAUUAAAUAGACCUCAGUGUUGCCUUAAUCACUUUGAAGCAUUUGAAAGCAGCCACGAUGCUAAAGGCAGAAGGAUAGCUGUUGCACAGGCAGAAUAACUUGGACAAGUAAGGUCAGACUAUAUAAACUUUAUACAGUAGCUCCACUGACAUGCCAGAGUACAUACAGGUUACACAAGCAAACCAAAACUUGCUAAAUUCUUAGAAUGGAGUGAAUGAAUUGACUUUGCAAGAAGACAUUCCUCUAUUGUAGGCCUGGAGCAUGGAUGGGAAAGACAUGCCACCUUCUCUGUGUUUUAACAGUUAAACCGCAAAGAUGAGAAUACAGCUUCUGGCUCAGACUUCCUCAAGCUGUGUUUUGCCAUAAGACAUGAAGAUAUACAUAGGUGAGCUAUUACUAAGGCUUUCCCUAUCUUCCUUCAGGGUCUGGGUUUUUAUUAAAGUAUUCACUACAAGCCAUUGCUAGAGGCAGAAUACUAGCCUGGCUAGAGAUGCUGGUUUAGUUUCUAAUCUUUAGUUUCUAAUGUAAUCUCUUAUUAUUUUGAUGACAAAUAAUCAGAUGCAUUAUUUGGCCCACAAGUCAGCAAACUACUUCGCCAAAUUUAAGUAACUGGACAAAAAGUUUUCUGCAUUGGAACUUAUGUAAAAACGUAGUAUACUUGCAGAAUUAGAAUGAUAUCUAUUGUGUACUGUACCCACACACAGACAUAGAAUUGUAUAUACUAUUUUUAUAUUCUAAGUAUCAACUGUCAGAAAAACAACAGCUGUAGAAAGUAAUCCAUGCAAUAAAAAAUAACAAGAUUUUGGUACGUUACUAUGUGCAGUAAAGCGAGUUUGCUUUACCUUACUGAGCUGCCUAAAGUCGGUUUCUGCUGUAUCUCCCAGUCCUCUGUAUUCAUGAUUUUGAAUGUCUUGAAGCUGCUACAACAGCCUGUUGGAAAUAAUGCCAUGUACCUGUCUGUGGUGCUGCAUGCCUGUUAGAAGGGAAAAAUCAGGACAAGUCCUGAGAAACUCCUGAGUAAGUAAUCCUUGAGGAUAAAAAUAAAGAGAUGUUAAAAAGGCAAAUUAAAAAAUAACAAUUUCCAUGCAAUGUGUAGUACAGCCCAGUUGUCUAAAGGGAUCACUGUGUCAAUUUUUAUCAAGUUGGACAAAUCAUUUAAAUGUCAUCCACAACAUACGACAAACCUUACACGCAUACCUGUGUUCCACAGAGUCAGAUAAUGAGCUCAGAUGUCUACAUCCACACAAAGAGAAAAUUACUAGCUUGAAGUAGUGGUGCUGAAAUGACCUCACACAUGAGAUUUUUGUUGGUAGGAUCACACAUGACAACAUGUUGCUGUGAGUGCAGAAAAGUGGAUGCUUACAAAUCCUCAUUUCUUCUUCACAUAAUAAAUUGAAAUGGUUCUAGAACGUCUCUCAUCUCUCUCUUCUUUCAGGCAAUAUAAAUCAGUUCUUAUAACUGAAUUUAGUUGUUUAAAAUGAAAAAUAAUCUAUCAGAAUUCCUUCCAAUUGUAAUAUAUGUGUUGAUUCAACAAGUACAAAAAAAAAUUAUUUAAAUGCUAAUGAUUAUUUAAGCUAAAUAGCAUUUCAGCUGGUGAUUUGGAUAAAGGUAGGACCAGCAGCAGUGUCUCUUCAAAAUCACUGAAAGUAUUCACAGACAUUUGUAGGUCUACAAGAGUAUAUUUGCUUGUAGGGUUUAACAUUUGCCUACAUUGUGCAUGCCCCUUGCUGUGGUGGACUUUACCGAUUUCUGAUGUGGUGUGGCCCAGGGCAGCACCAGCUACUGCUUUGUCCACACUGGACAGCUAGUGCUUCGAGAAGCACCACAACCUCGGUGCUGACAUGUAAAAACUGUAUCAGAUGAACACUUUUCUUCUUUUUUCAUAGAAAACCAAAUGAAAAUUGUGAAAGGAAGGGAUGAAAAUAUCUCUGAAAUUACAGAAAUUUGUCCCCUCCUUCCAGGUGAGAUUAGCACAUUGUUUCCAGUGGAGAUGCUUCAAUCCAUGUCUGUGACACAGACAUCAGAGAAAUUGUUUCAAAAUAGCUGCCACUAACCUGAGUAUAAAUACAGUCUGAGCCACAAUUUUAUAUCAUAAAAUGGGAGGAAGAUCCAGCCAGCAAGGGCUAAAAAUGUCUUAUCUAGUCUGGCGGCCUGGGAAUCAACUGAAACCCCCUCAUCAGCUGCAGCUAGCAGUAGGUUGGAGCCAGGGUGGUGAGAGCCACACUGUUAUCUGGGUACCUGGCAAACUGCAUCAUUAGGACAGGUCUGUCUGAGCACUGCUGGCAUCCUAAGUAGGGACUAGAAUAUGAGCCUGUAUCUUAAUGCUGUUAAUGCUUUAAUGAUAAAGGAAACUAUGCUAAAAGACUACAUUUGCACGAAAUUGUUAGGUAUGCCAGAACUGUGUCUUUCAAUGCUUUCAUGUCAUCUAUUUUUAUUCAUAUCUCUAGGAGUUAAGACCUGUGCCACUGCUAUAAACUAAAAUAAAGACAUACUGAGGGUGAAGCACAGAAUAAACUUACUUCCUGCCUUUAGGAGCUCCACAUUUAGCUCCAUUAUUGUUACUAUCUUAAUUCUUACUGUACAAUGAAUUGCGCUCUCGGAGCAAUGAUCACUGCUGGGACCUAGGUUUUGAUGAACAAAAAAGCAAUUCUGAAGGUUUGUAUUAGGUUGAUGUUAAAACAUUUUGAGAAUCAAAGAAAAGUAAAUUCCCCAGAGUAGCUUAAAGCUUCUUUUUAAGACACCUGGAAAAAAAUUAUGAAAGUGUAUCUAUAUAGAGAAAGGGAGAAAUUGAAUAAAAAUAACAUAUUUCACUGUUACAUUUUGACAGGUUUCUAUUUAUUAACUUUAAUGAUUAAUAAGAUCUUGUUACACUUUGUCAGUGUUCCCAUUUUGUUUAAGGAUUUUAAUGAAAAUAGAGCUCAUAUGAACUAGAUACAGCAUUUCACCACUAUUUCAUUAUUUUCUAGCAGCUAAAUAUUGCAUUGGGUAAGAACAAAGAAAGUAAUGGUAUUCUCUGUAUCUCCUUGUUCAAUCAUUAAAUCUUUAUAUUAAAAAUAUAAAGUCUUGCAAUACUAUGUCAAAUUUAACCAUAUUUGAACCUUGUUAUAAUAUAGUAAAAUGUUGCUGAACAUAUUUUCCUUUCACUACUUUGUGUGGUGGUAUAUUGAUUUGUAAACUUGUAUAAAUUUUGGAAUUAAACAAAUACUGUGUUUUGGACAAUUAUUUUAGCUGGUGUGAUUUGGAACAGAAAGAUAUUAAGGGCUUGUUUGAAUGGGCAUCAAAUUGUAUGAGCAGGGGUGGGAAGGGUGUGGAGAUGGCACAUGCUGAUUCAUAGAAUCACAUAAUGGUUUGGGAUGAAAGUGAUCUUAAAGAUCAGCUUGUUCCAACCCUCCUGCUAUCAGCAGGAACACCUUCCGCUAGACCAGGUUGCCCAAAGCCCCAUCUAACCUGGCCUUGCACACAGUAAAGAAUUUCUUCCUAAUAAAAAAUUGCAUUUAAAUGUUCAAAUAGCUCAUCAAAAUUUAUUUUUUUUUUAAUCCCUCCCUGAAAGAGAAAUUGAAUUCUAUUUGCACCUAAAUGAAAAUCUAGGAUAGGUGCAAGAACAUUGCAGACUAUAUUGCUGUACACUCAAGAGCUAGUAAGUUUGCAUCCCUUCCCAGCAUUUUACAGA